AUGGGACAGGUGCCUGAACCGAUGUGGGGCCCAUGUGAAGAAAUAGCGUCAGAGUCCAAGGUUCCUCAGCUCGACUCGCCUAUUGAGGAUUAUGAGCAAUGGGCUGAGUCACUUCUAGCUGCCAGAGAGAAAGUCACGAGAACGCUGCACACCUCAGAGGAUGUCCCGGCAGUCGACAACCACCUUCUCCACCUCUGGGAAGCCAGGAGAGGCCUCACCAGAAGGUGGAAAAAGCAAAAACACAAUCGCAAGCUUAAAAUCAAGAUCGCUGAAAUUACACGACAAGCGGAGGAAUACGCGUGGACCUUAGCCAAAAACAACUGGCUAAUCAAGUGCGACUCAUUAAGAGGCGGGCUUGGCGUCAAGUCUACGUGGAGCCUCCUGCGAUGCCUCAUCGAACCCAGCAAGACGAGCGGAGAGCAGCAGCGGAACCUCAAGAGAGCCCUCCACGGCUAUGAGGGUACGGAUGAACAGCUGGUGGCAGCCCUGACGAGCAAAUACCUCUGUACGACCAAAGAUGACGAGCCUGUGUUGCAGUAUGAAGGCAAAGAUAAUCCAGAGCUCGACAGAGACUUCGAAGUAGAAGAAAUACAGGCGGCGUUACUAACCAUGAGAAGAGGUACGACGCCAGGAGAGGACAAAGUUACAGUCGGCUUGCUCGCCAACAUGAACAAGAAGAUGCUAGGCCAGCUGACGGAUUAUAUCAAUGAGUGCUGGAGAGCUGGCAAGCUGCCCCUGGCGUGGAAAUCAGCAGACGUCAGCUUUAUCCCUAAGCCGGGCAAAGAGGUAAAUAUUAACAACCUCCGUCCGAUUUCGCUCACGUCAUGUGCCGGCAAGCUGAUGGAGAAAGCAGUGCAUGCCAGACUUUCAGCGUAUUUGGAGGAAAAUGAUUACAUGCCCCACACCAUGUUUGGCUUCAGGGAGCGCCUAUCCACGCAAGACGUACUGCUGCAGCUCAAGAUGGAAGUUAUUGACCCACCCAACAAACGCAGUAGCAGAGCCAUCUUAGCCCUAGAUCUCAAGGGCGCUUUCGAUAAUGUGAAGCACUCAAAGAUCCUGGAGAACCUGCGGAAGACACAGUGUGGAAGAAGGACUUUUGAAUACAUCAGAGACUUCCUACUAGACAGACAGGCUCAUUCAUCACGGCUGCCGAUGGCGAUAAAGCAGCAGCAGCAGCAGCAGCAGCAGCAGCAGCAGCAGCAGCAGCAGCGCUACCACCUCCACCGAUUUCCUGAAACUCUGCUGCAUUUCCUUGAAAAAGCGAGCGCUGUGUCUGCAUGA